UGUCUACAACGUUUUCGAAUUGAGAUAGGCUAUGGCGCCGAGAAAGAAAAGGAGAGCUAUGCUUUCAUCGGUAUGUGCAACGCUACUAGAGGUUUCAGUGCUGGGCUGCGAGGGAUUGUUGAAACUUUCCUCCAAUUCAGCGCAUUGCUCCACUCCAUCGUGUUUCAAUGGCGACUUCAAGCAGAGACCCGUAUUGUUCAUGAGGCGGAGGCGAGCGCCGAGCUUGGUGGCGACUUCUCUGGAGACUGGAACUGGGCCGGACAAGGAGUUCCUGGCAAGGUUGAGCUCGCAGAGUGGAGAACUUUGAGGCUCUUGAGCCUUCCAAGCGCCGUGGGGAUCUUCCCUGCGAUGUUGGUCGAGGAGAGGACGAGGACCUGGAGGCUGGUGAUGUUUCCCAGUGACUCUGGGAUCGUGAAGCUGAGGCUGUUCUCCCGGAGGAUCAAAUCUUGGAGCGUAUGCAGCCUUCCAAACGACUCGGGGAUGCCUCCAACCAGCCGGUUGCGACUGAGAUCCAUGAAGAGCAGCGACUCAAACCUUCCCAAUUCGUCUGUCCAGAAUAAUGGCGCUGGCGAGCUUGUCCAGCGAGCUGGGAAUGAAACCGCUCAGCCUGUUGUUGCUGAGAUCGAGCCUCUGGAGAGAGCUCAGGUUUCCAAGCGAAGGUGGUAUAGAAGAGCUCAAGUUGUUACCGUGAAGAUCCAAGGUGUGAAGCUUGGAGAGGCUUGCAAGCUCCGCAGGAACAGCACCAACGUGUCCGUUUUCUCGAAGCACCAGAGACUCGAGGCGAGCUCCAAGCCGACCGAUUUGCGGCGGAAUUGGCCGGGGAUUGCCGCUGCAGCACCUGUAGAAGAAGAGGCGCCUGAGAAAGACUAGCUUGGCAAUGGAAGGCGAGAUUGUGGAGUCGGAGCUACAGGCAGGGAAGGCCGUGUCGUCGGAGAGGACUCCAAACGAGAGCGAGACGACGUGAAGGAGGUUGGUGCUCGUGUCCAAGUGGCAGCCAUGACGUCGUAAACGGCUCGAAUCUCGCGUGGAUCGGUGCGAGCGCUGGCAUUCUGCUGCAUGAUCGGGAGGACCAUGUCGUCGCAGCUCACAUGAGUCGUGACGAUGCAGAGGAUGAUACAGGAAGAAGCGAUCACGAUACUUACAAGAAACAUCAUCCUUUCUACUCCAGUUGAAAGGCGAGAAACUUCUCUUUUUGUUUCUCGCAUUAUAUAGUUGGAAGCCAUGGAUUCACAUUGAAUGUUUUCUUUGCAAGCUCACGGGAGAGCAGUGGAUUCUAUUAAAUCUGUAAAAUGUUGCAGCUCCUCCGACUCUUUGAUGACGUCCAGGGGUCACAGGAAUCCAUGACCUCCUCAUAAAUGUAUAAGGAAAUUUAAGGUUUACAAUGGAUUGGGAUAAGACAAGCGCAGGAUGAGUGGUGAACGCGUCCAAGGAUGAGCCGGAUGCUUGACGAGUCUGGGGAGUUUUGGGCAAGUCUCAAACUGGGAAAGAAGCUAAAGGAGCAGAAAAAGCAAUUUGACAUUACAUGCUUGAUAUUGGAGACUGCGAAGUACGACUAUGUAUGUCAAGGACAAGAUCACAAGGCGAGCCUGGUGUUAUCGUGCCUGAAGAGGAGAUGUACCAUUGAAGAUCCUUUCUCUUAUAAAAUGCAAAAGUUUAAA